AUGGAGGCAGCGGACGUGCCGCCCGAGGGCUACUCGCUCAUCAAGGCCGUGUACCAGCGGCGGCUGCGGCUGACGCGGCUGCUCAUCGACGGCGGCGCCUACGUCAACGAGAGCAACAGCCGCGGCGAGACCCCGCUCAUGGUGGCCUGCAUGACCCCGCACGCCGACCUGCAGAGCGCCAGCAAGGCCAGGAUGGUCAAGUACCUGCUGGACAACAAGGCUGACCCCAACAUCCAGGACAAGUCGGGCAAGACGGCGCUGAUGCACGCCUGCCUGGAGAAGGCAGGCCCCGAGGUGGUGUCGCUGCUGCUGCUGAGCGGCGCUGACCCCAGCCUGCCGGACCACUCCAACUGCUCUGCGCUGGUGUACGCCAUCAACGCUGCCGACAGAGACACCCUGGAGCUGCUGCUGAAGGCCUGCAAGGCGCGAGGCAAAGAGGUCAUCAUCAUCACCACCGACAAGUCCGCCUCGGGCAGGCAGAAGACAAAACAGUACCUGAACGUGCCUCCUCCAGACCUCGAGGAAUGCGCUUCUCCAGCCGACUGCACCUCCCCGUCAGAGAUAGAACCAGAUGAGGGUCCAGAAGACCCAUUCAGCUUUAAAGAGCUGUACGGUGGGCAGCAGGGGGACAGCUCCUCUGAAAGAGUGCCACUGAUGACCAAAUCCAGCUCCGCACCAGCACGGUUCAAGCUGACACAGGUGCUGCAGUGUGACCCGUGGCUAAAGUGCUGCCCAGCAGUGUUCCAGCAGAGGAAACUUGCUUCUCCACAAGAACUCCAGAGUAUCAGUCCCAUGGAAGAGCUCUCCUGUAAAAUCGGUGGCCUUGACUUAUGCAAGAGUGUCGCCUCCGGUCAUGAAAGUAGAGACAGGAAGGACACUGCUCAGGUACUGAGAACCUCUGAUCAAACCCUGUCAAGGAAAGCACUACGUGAUGCAAUAAACUAUCAGCCUCCUUUUGUUGAAGAGAAACACAACCCCAGUGAGAUUCCCAUGGGCAUGGAUGCCAGUUUGGGACAAAUCAGCUUACUUUCAAACCUUGGCAGUAUUAUCAAGAAAGGAAGUGGAGAAGCAAAUUACAACAUCUCCGGUUCUCAGUUAACCAACAGUCUAAUUCCUGCUGCUGAUACCAAAGGUAGUAAGUCACCAAAAGGAAAUAGAGAGAUUCUUCCUACGUACCAGACUUUGUUACCAAGUCCAAGAAGAGGUCUAGAGAUGCCUCCUCUUUCCCCAAGAGGCAGAAAUCAGGCUCCUCUGGAGGAAGAGGCCUCAGGAGCCUCAGUGCUGGAUCCAACGAGGCCAGGUUUUCUGCCUCCACUGAAUGCGAGCCCCCGCCCCCCGGUUCCAGAGCUCACUGUCAUAAACACAGUGUCUGGAAUGAUUUCCUAUGGACAAACUCACUUAGCCCCCCCAGGAUCUGCUUUCCCUAAGGGGACCAAAGAGACCAAUCUGAUGCGGAGGAGGCCCUAUGAGCAGAUCACAGUCUGA